GAAAAAAGGGGACAAAAAUGUAUUGAUAACCUCCUCUUCCUCUCUGAAUGACGUAUCUCUUGAGCUGCUGGUGCAUGAUGAUAAUAAGUUGAUGUGAUUAGUCUCUCUCUGCCUCACACACACACACACACAUAGAGAGGAACUAGAACUCCAGAGCCAGCGCGGAUGUGGAUUCCAUGUCGUGUUUUGGUGGAGUCCUCCGGCUCCAGCUCAGACGGCUCCUGCAGACGGGCAGCCUGCUCUCCUCUCCUCUCCUCUCCUCUCCUCUCUGCACUGGCGCUGUUUACUGAAAGCCCCGCUCCUUCUGCGCUGCUUCCACCAACCGAGAAGUGUCUCAACACAACAACUGUGAGCGGGAUCCUUCUCCAGAGGCGAGCCGCUGAAACUUACCCACAGAAGAGAGCGACAUCGGCGGGUUAAAGUAGAGCAGGACACAUCGGUCCUCUCUCUCUCUCUCUCUCUCUCUCUUUCUCUCUCCACUCUCUUUUCAACAGACACUGAAAAAGCCCCACACUCUCUGUCCCCUCUCAGUCACUCUCUUGUUGUGGGUCCCUUCUUCUCCUUCUUCUUCUCCUCUUCUUCUUGGAGUGGAAAAGGAGAGGAGCUGAGAAUAGAUGAGACGUUCAGAUGUGGUGGUGAUGAUGAUGAUGAGUCAGGACUGAGGCUCCAGAGCAACACCUUGCCAUGGAAGAAGUGUGUGUGUCCGGUGCAGCAGGGGAAUGUACGGGCUGAGAGUUGGACCUGCAGCCUUGAGAGACAUCCAGAGAGCAAACCAGCAAGCCAGCUUGUGUCCCAGAUUAAAGGGGAGCAUGCCUCAGACCUGCAAACCUGCAGAGGACUCUCUUAUUUCCACAAUCUGAAAAAAAACAUUUUUUUUAAUUUUUUUUUAAUUUUUUACAAUUCACACCCCCCCCCCCCUACUGACUGACUUCAUUUCAACCUGUUUGGCUUCACUGCUUUUCCAGAAAAGAUAAUGUCUCUGCAAAUGAUUUAACCGCCCUCGUUGAGGCUCCUUCCAGUAAUUGAACAAGCAGAGACUGGGUGCUUUACAGGAAAACAAUAGUCAUAUUAUCUCAGAUCUCCACCACUCUGAGAUUCAACAAUACACUACCUUGGAUUGGACUUUGCCGACUACUUCGAGGGUCUGAAUUGAAGAAAGGAACCAGGUGCGAGGAUCAAUGAUGAGCAUCUCUGAGACCGGUUGGCUUGGACUUUUUUAAUCAGAACCCUUUUUAGUCACAACACAAACCUGCCACAAACCAUCAACACCGGGCGCCAUGGCAUGCUCCCUGCUGAAUCUACACACCUUCUGCUGGUUUCUCAUCACACUAGCCCAAGUGCACUCCACAGUGGGGUUUAGUCGAGCUGCCCUGCCAUUUGGCUUAGUACGGAGAGAGCUGUCUUGUGAGGGUUACCCCAUCGAUCUGCGGUGUCCAGGAAGUGAUGUCAUAAUGAUCGAAAGUGCCAACUAUGGCCGAACGGACGACAAGAUCUGCGACGCCGACCCUUUCCAGAUGGAGAACGUCAACUGCUACCUUCCAGAUGCCUACAAGAUCAUGUCACAGAGAUGCAACAACCGGACCCAGUGCAUUGUGAUCACGGGUUCAGAUGUCUUCCCUGACCCCUGCCCAGGGACCUACAAGUACCUGGAGGUCCAGUAUGAGUGUGUGCCCUACAGUCCAUGCCCAACCAGAAUAGGACCAAGAACACAGAAUGUAUCCUAUCGCAACUGCCCCGAAGUGGAGCAAAAAGUUUUUCUUUGUCCUGGGACUCUGAAAGCUGUCGGUGAUCCUUCCUUUCUAUUUGAAGCGGAGCAACAAGCCGGCGCCUGGUGCAAAGACCCGCUGCAAGCUGGCGACAAAAUCUACUUCAUGCCUUGGACUCCUUAUAGGACAGACACUCUCAUUGAGUAUUCCUCCCUGGACGACUUCCAAAACGCCCGGCAGACCAUCACCUACAAGUUGCCGCACCGGGUGGACGGGACUGGAUUUGUGGUCUACGACGGGGCCGUGUUUUUCAACAAGGAGCGUACCCGCAACAUUGUCAAGUUUGACCUGCGGACUCGAAUCAAAAGUGGCGAGGCGAUCAUCAAUAACGCCAACUACCACGACACGUCGCCUUACAAGUGGGGCGGCAAAACAGACAUUGACCUGGCGGUAGACGAGAACGGGCUGUGGGUGAUCUACGCCACCGAGCAGAACAACGGCAUGAUCGUGAUCAGCCAGUUGAACCCCUACACGCUACGAUUCGAGGCUACCUGGGACACCACCUAUGAUAAGCGCUCAGCCUCCAAUGCCUUCAUGGUUUGUGGAGUACUCUAUGUGGUCCGCUCCACCUAUGAAGACAAUGAAAGCGAGGUCAGCAAGAGCCUGAUCGAUUACAUUUACAAUACCAAACAGAACCGUGGGGAAUACGUUGACAUCCACUUUCCCAACCAGUACCAGUACAUUGCAGCUGUGGAUUACAAUCCGCGAGAUAACCAGCUCUAUGUGUGGAAUAAUUUUUACAUCCUGAGAUACAACCUGGAGUUCGGCCCACCGGAUCCAGCACAUGCUCCGCCACUGUCAGAAGUCACCACGGCACCUCAGCCUCAGAAAACUACAACCACCACCACAACAACCACGGCGCACUGGGGUGUGGCCAACACCACCACCACAACAGGGCUCAAGGAGGGCAGCAGGGGAGCGCCCAAGCCGCCCCCUGUGAUUCUGCAGACUACUUCCCCUCCGCCCCUGGAGUCCUUCCCUCUACCCGAGCGCUUCUGCGAGGUCGUCGAGAAAAGAGACAUAAAGUGGCCUCAGACCCAGAGGGGCAUGCUCGUGGAGCGACCUUGCCCCAAGGGAACGCGAGGCACAGCCUCUUAUUUAUGUGUCCUCUCCACUGGGGCCUGGCACCCAAAGGGCCCUGAUCUCAGCAACUGUACCUCCCACUGGGUCAACCAAGUAGCCCAAAAGAUCCGCAGCGGUGAGAACGCGGCUAAUUUGGCCAACGAGUUAGCCAAGCACACCAAAGGCCCCAUCUUCGCCGGGGACGUCAGCUCCUCGGUGCGCCUGAUGGAGCAGCUGGUGGACAUCCUGGACGCUCAGCUGCAGGAGCUCAGACCCAGCGAGAAGGAUUCUGCAGGGCGGAGCUUCAACAAGCUUCAAAAACGAGAAAGGACAUGCAGGGCAUACAUGAAGGCCAUUGUGGACACGGUAGAUAAUCUCCUGCGACCGGAGGCCUUGAAGUCCUGGCAGGACAUGAACAGCACGGAGCAAACGCACGCCGCCACCAUGUUACUGGAUACCCUGGAGGAGGGGGCCUUCGUCCUCGCCGACAACCUCAUGGAGCCUGCCAUUGUCAAAGUUCCUGCAGACAAUAUAAUCCUGGAUGUGUACGUACUCAGCACCGACGGCCAGGUCCAGGAUUUCAAAUUUCCACAAUCCAGCAAGGGCGGUAUCUCAAUCCAGCUGUCGGCCAACACUGUCAAGCUCAACAGUCGGAAUGGAGUUGCCAAACUGGUUUUCGUGCUCUACAAAAACCUGGGCCAGUUCCUCAGCGCGGAGAACGCCACCAUCAAGAUGGCCAACGAGGCUUACGGGCGCAACGUGUCGGUGGCCGUCAACUCCGACAUCAUCGCUGCCUCAAUCAACAAGGAGUCCAGCCGCGUAUUCAUUAACGACCCGGUGAUUUUCACCCUGGAGCACAUUGAUAUGGAGCACUACUUCAACUCCAAUUGCUCCUUCUGGAAUUACUCUGAGAGGAGUAUGAUGGGCUACUGGUCCACCCAAGGCUGCAAACUCCUGGACUCCAAUAAAACGCACACCACCUGCUCCUGCAGCCAUCUCACCAACUUCGCCAUCCUCAUGGCGCACCGUGAAACCUCAGUGAACGACAGAGUGCACGAGCUGCUCCUGACCGUCAUCACCCGAGUCGGGAUCGUGGUGUCCCUCGUCUGCCUCACCAUUAGCAUCUUCACCUUCUGCUUCUUCCGGGGCCUGCAGAGCGAUCGCAACACCAUCCACAAGAACCUGUGCAUCAAUCUCUUCAUCGCCGAGUUAAUAUUCCUAAUUGGUAUCGAUAUGACGGAACCCAGGAUUGGAUGCGCCAUCAUCGCGGGGAUCCUCCACUUCUUCUUCCUGGCCUCCUUCUCCUGGAUGUGUCUCGAGGGCGUCCAGCUGUACCUCAUGCUCGUGGAGGUCUUUGAGAGCGAAUACUCGCGGAAAAAGUACUACUACGUGUCUGGUUACCUCUUCCCCGCCAUCGUGGUCGGCGUCUCCGCAGCCAUCGACUACAGGAGCUACGGGACCAAGAAAGCGUGCUGGCUAAGUGUGGACAAUCACUUCAUAUGGAGUUUUAUAGGACCUGUCACCUUUAUCAUCAUGCUCAAUCUCAUCUUCCUGCUCCUCACUAUGUACAAAAUGGUGAAGCACUCCACCACCCUGAAACCAGACUCCAGCCGACUGGAGAAUAUAAAUAAUUAUCGCGUUUGUGACGGCUACUAUAAUACCGAUUUGCCUGGCUAUGAAGAUAAUAAACGGUUUAUCAAAUCCUGGGUCAUGGGUGCCUUCGCUUUGCUGUGUCUGCUGGGUCUCACGUGGUCCUUCGGCCUCUUCUUCAUCAACGAGGCCUCGAUCGUCAUGGCGUACCUCUUCACCAUAUUCAACACCUUCCAAGGAAUGUUUAUCUUCAUCUUCCACUGCCUUCUCCAGAAAAAAGUCCGCAAAGAGUACAGCAAGUGCUUCCGCCACACGUACUGCUGCGGAGGGCUGCCGACCGAGAGCUCGCACAGCUCUGCAAAGACUUCCACCACGCGGACCAGCGCACGCUACUCUUCUGGUACACAGAGUCGUAUCAGGAGAAUGUGGAAUGACACCGUAAGAAAGCAAUCUGAGUCCUCCUUUAUCUCAGGUGACAUCAACAGCACCUCCACCCUUAACCAAGGAAUGACCGGGAAUUAUCUACUAACAAAUCCUCUUCUUCGACCACAAGGCACUAACAACCCUUAUAACACCUUACUGGCCGAGACGGUCGUGUGUAACACCCCCACGGCUCCAGUGUUUAACUCGCCAGUGACCUACAGAGAGACAAGGCACUCACUGAACAAUGUGGUGAGGGAUACAAGUGCAAUGGAUACACUACCGCUAAAUGGUAACUUUAACAAUAGCUACUCGCUCCGCAAUGGGGACUUUGGCGACAGUGUGCAGGUAGUUGACUGCGGCCUCAGUCUGGACGACGCUGCCUUCGAGAAAAUGAUCAUCUCCGAGCUUGUACACAACAACCUGCGUGCCUGUAACAAAAUCCACCAUCAGCAACAGCAGCAGCAGCAGCAGCACCACAGUUUACACCACCCGCCCCACCACCAGCCGCCGCCGCAGUACCACCAUCACCACCACACGGAGCGGGCUCCGCCCAAGGUGACGGUGGUAGGCGGCGGCAGCAGCAGCGAAGACGACGCCAUCGUGGCCGACGCAUCGUCUUUGGUGCACGUGGGCGACGCGGUGGGCCUCGAGCUGCACCACCAGCAGGAGCUGGAGGCGCCGCUCAUCCCCCAGCGGACUCACUCGCUUCUGUACGCGCCCCAGAAGAAAGUGAGAACCGAUGGGGGAGUGGAAACCUUUGUCAGCCAGCUGACACCCACCGACCCCGACGACAGUCUGCAGUCCCCAAACAGAGACUCCUUGUACACUAGUAUGCCUAAUCUGAGGGACUCUCCAUUGCCCGAGAGCAGCCCCGACGUGGUGGAGGACCUGUCGCCCUGCAAGGGGAGCGAGAACGAGGACGUUUACUACAAGAGCAUGCCUAACUUAGGGUCCGGCCACCAGCUCCAGGCCUAUUACCAGAUAGGCCGAGGGGGCAGCGAUGGCUACAUUAUUCCCAUUACUAAAGAUGGCUGCAUCCCUGAAGGUGAUGUACGGGAAGGACAGAUGCAGCUAGUGACGAGCCUUUAAACGUAGGCUACUUAAAUCAUCCCCAAACCUCUUCCUGCCCUUUUUGCAGCCCUGACCUCUUGGAGGACACACAAGUGAAGGGAAAUUUUAUUUUUGAGGAGAUCCGAGGAGCGCCGUCAAACACAUUUACAAACCCUCCUCCUCCUCCAGCUGCAUUGCGAUCUCCUUCCUCUCCCCCCCGAGACACGCCACUCUUCCUCCCCUUUCCCUGCAGACCAACAGACUUGGUGCACAGCGAUGGCCGUGCAAAGUUUUAAUGAGACUGUACAUAAAAUGCAGAGUCAAAUUUCAAUUUUAAGAGACAAGCCAACUAUGUAUUUAAAUGUGCUGCUGCUGUUGAAUAAUUGAGAAAAAUUUAAGGUACGAAAAUAGAAAAAAGACAAAAAAAAUAAACAUUACUGGCUACAUCAUAUCAGCAAUUUCCCGGUCAAAAGGUUGUACAUACACUCCCCAACAUCCUCGUUGAAGCCUGUUUUUUUAUUUUUAUUGUAAACAAAACACCCCUGGACCAGGACGUGGACUCUUGUUUGUAAAAUGUUCCCGAUCAGACUGUUAGAAAAGGAAUAUAAAGUCCUGGUCGCUCUCCGUCACCAUGAAGUUUGGAUUGUAUAACCACUAGCAAUCAAGCCCCUGGCCUUAUAUUUUCUCAACUGUACAUUGAACUGUUGUCAAGGAAAAUGGCUAAAAUAUAUAUUUUGUUGUAUUGCUAGUGUAAAAUAAAAAAUCAUGGGAAACCGUAAAUAUGAAGAAACCUUUUAAUUGCAAAAUUUUAACGUUUGAGAAACUAUUGUGUAGAAGUUGCACAUAUGUUAUACAGUGUGUUUAUGGUUCCAACACUUCAUUCAUGGUAGUGCGUUUAAAGGCUUAUGAAAAGAAAGGAGGAUUCAACAAAUUACAAAGAUGCAUUAUCACUUUUUUUCCACUUGUGAACAGUGUUUUUCGCUUAAUGAGUUCCAUUGAUAUCGCCCAUUGAAAUAUGUCUAUUUGAUUUUUGCCAAAGUGGCAUUACUUCAGUAGGAUGGGAAUGCAAAAACCCAGUUAAAGUGAUUCAUGCAUUGCACAUUUUUUUGUGUAAUUCUGAAUGAAAUAGAUCUUUUUAAUGGCAGAGUAAUGGGCAACUGAAAUGAAACCGACUUUUGACAAUAAAGUUUCUAUCAUAAAUGUAGUUCUUCCGCCUGAGUUUGGACAUUUUAUUUAUUAAAAUCUUUCCAAAAAAUAAAAAAAUGGGAAAUGUGUGAAUAUUUUCCAGCACUGGUAUACAUGCUGUACUGUAGCUCAUGUUUUUUAUGUAAACAUGUUACCAAGGGGCUCAUCACUUAAGACUGAUGUAAAGUUCAACACUUGUAUAACAAAUAAAAUAAAUGUGAGAUUUUUUGUCAAAUGCCAGUUGCUUUUUAAUGCUUUGUGUUUUUGGUACUAUUUGAAAAAAAAAACAGGUUAAAUUAUUUUGCUAUGGACAAAAAUACACUUUUGACUCAGGUUAUAAGUAAGUCCCGAGCACCUUGAAAAAGUAAAAUUGGUGGAUUUGUUUUCUGGGAGGGGGUGGGGAGUUAUUUGCUUUUUUUUGUUCUGCUUUUUUCUUCAAUGGCUGCAGAGUAGAGAGAGAGCUCAUUUCACCGUAUGUGUUAGAGAAGCCAAAUCUUUCCAUGUGAUUCAAAGAUGAGAAACUCAGGUAGGAAAAUUGCAUUGUAAAUGUUCCUCUGUGUGGUUGUAACACUAAUAAAGGUUCAAAAAUGA